AUGGAGUCGGUGUCGACCGCCACCGAGGCCGCACCAGAGAAGCUGAUCGAAUCGAGAAUCAGGGCGCAAACCUUCGACGAUGCGCGGAGGUCGCCUCAGUCGCCGCGGAUCACCGUCCACCAGGUCAUUGAUGCGCCAGAGCGGCCCUCAUAUGCCCCUCUUAUGUCUGCGCCGCCCACUGUUCUUCACUUCCAAAGCCCCAUGAGGCAUCAUAGAAGAACCCCCUCCCAGCAUCGCGAGGUGAAAGAAACACUCAAUGCCAAGACUGAGUAUACGAACGACGAGACGGAUGGGAGGUCCCAGCAGGUCAUCAACCAGUACACCAUCCACGAGGAGAUCGGCAGGGGCUCUUAUGGCGCCGUGCACCUGGCUACCGACCAGUUCGGCACCGAAUAUGCUAUUAAAGAAUUCUCAAAGCUACGCCUUCAUAAGCGUGCUCAAUCCAACAUCCUACGAAGACCAGAAGGUGGCAGGUCGCGACAGCUUCCUCCGGGGCGAAGCCUCUGGAACACCCACAGGAAGCAACUCAGCCAUCAGGAUGAAGCCGAAGCGAAGGAUGCCCUGUUCCUGAUACGGGAGGAGAUUGCUAUCAUGAAAAAGCUCAACCACCCAAAUCUGGUGCAACUGAUCGAAGUUCUUGACGACCCGGAUAAUGACUCCUUGUACAUGGUGCUAGAGAUGUGCAAGAAAGGCGUAGUCAUGAAGGUCGGCUUAGACGAGUCGGCAGUCCCCUACGACGAUGAACGCUGCCGUCACUGGUUUCGGGACCUGAUAUUGGGCAUAGAAUAUCUCCAUUCCCAAGGCGUCGUACAUCGGGACAUCAAACCGGACAACCUCCUGCUCACGGAGGAUGAUGUGCUGAAGAUAGUCGAUUUUGGAGUGUCUGAGAUGUUCGACAAACCAGACCGCAUGAUGACCAGCAAGUCUGCUGGUUCUCCGGCCUUCUUGCCGCCUGAACUAUGCCAGGCUAAGCACGGCGACGUUUCCGGCAAAGCAGCAGAUGUGUGGUCGAUGGGGGUCUCUCUAUACUGCCUCAAAUACGGAAAGCUACCAUUUCGAGGGGCCAACGUACUCGACAUGUAUGAAGCCAUUCGUACACAAGAAGUUCAGAUACCUCCCGACGAAGACAAAGACUUUGCGGAUCUCAUCACCAGGAUACUGGACAAGAACAGCGAGACGAGGCUGACGCUUCGAGAGAUCAGAAACCACCCCUGGGUUACGAAAGGGGGUACCGAUCCACUGCUUUCGGAGGAAGAGAACUGUGUAGACGAGGUGGAACCGCCGAACGCAUUAGAAGUUAACCACGCAAUCACACUAAAAAUGGAUCACUUAUUCUGUGUGUUGAGGGCAAUCCAACGAUUCAAGGGUCUCAUCUCCAAGAGCAGAGUCGCGACGCCCGACGUCCAAACGCCACGAACACUUCACGAGCAACCACUCCCGGAAACGGCGGUCACCGCGCAAAUCUCGGACGUGCUCGCAACGCCGACCCCGGAUCCACAGGUUAGUAAGACAGCAUCUCAAAGGUCGAUCUCGGAGGAGGCAGUUGAGCUCGUCCAGUUACGGAGGGCAUUCCUCGCCGCGCAACGAGAGGGGUCGAGCAAGGUCCAGCCUUCCCCUGCUACAGAAGAUAGAGGCAACCUCCCCGAUUCGACAGACAAGAGCCCGCCCUUCCUGGGCGUCGGCACGGGCGGGCGCGACGACUUCGCCUCCUCGGAGCCCCCGGCUGACGUGGUGUCCGAUUCGCCCACCGGCAUCGACUUUGACGUCUAUGACCGCGCUUUCGAAACUGAAAUCAAACGCAUCCGCUCCGAUAAGAAAAAAGGACAUGCCAAGACAUAUCUCACCAGACUGGUAGGCGAGCAAGAGAGAGACAAGUACGUCGGCGACGAGCGCAUGGUGCUAGAAGCUGGAAAGCCCCUGGCUCCCAGCGCAUACUCUCAUGGGUCUUCGGCUAUGUUGUCAGGGUUGAACUACAUAUACGAGACGAGCCACAGCUUGCAUCACGACGCCACCAAGGGAGAAAAGUUCGAUGUCGACACGCAGAGAGGCCAAGGCCAAGGCGGCAUCAGAAGGGCCGCGGGAGCAAUCGAGGAAAAGACGCACAAAUUUGCAGACCUCGUUACGGCCGUGACGAAGGACCUAAAGCAAAGGAAUACGAACUAA